UGAUUUACACUCGGUGGUGUUUUCCUCCAGUUCUCAUACAUCGAUCCAGGAUCCAGACACUAGAUUUGCUGCUAAGCAACACCGCGGUUACCAGCCCGCAAGUGCAACACGAGUACUGUGAUAUAUUUUGUAUUUAUGUUAUUAUCAGAUUUAGUAAUAUUACUGAUUGGAGAGUACAUUGCUUGCAAGACAACAAGCCAAUGUUAUACAUCUUUGUAUGAGCAAAAUACGAUGUUAGCAACAGUAUAAUAAGACAAUAAAGCGAUUGAAGCCUGAAAAAUCGACAGAUCACGGAAAACAGCAGUACUAAGUUGUAGAACAAGGAUGUGAGGUCAUAAAAUAAACCCAAACAUCUGAAGGAGCCCAUGGGAUCAGAACGGAUGGAGAUGCGCAAGCGGCAGAUGUCGGUGCAGCAAGAGACAGGGAGCACUGCACAAGCACAGCCGGAUACAGGGAGCACUGCACAAGCACAGCCGGAUACAGGGAGCACUGCACAAGCACAGCCGGAUACAGGGAGCACUGCACAAGCACAGCCGGAUACAGGGAGCACUGCACAAGCACAGCCGGAUACAGGGAGCACUGCACAAGCACAGCCGGAUACAGGGAGCACUGCACAAGCACAGCCGGAUACAGGGAGCACUGCACAAGCACAGCCGGAUACAGGGAGCACUGCACAAGCACAGCAGGACACAGGGAACAGAGGAUCCAAUGCCUGCUGCUUCUGCUGGUGCUGCUGCUGCAGCUGCUCGUGUCUUACUGUUAGGAAUGAAGAUGAAGAUGAGAGGCCUGCAAGAGCCUCCCAUGACGUCAGGGCGGAAGGCACCCCAAGCUGUGAAGAAAGCCCAAAGCCGACACUGGAGGAGGUGGGCUCCUGGGGGCAGUCCUUCGACAAGCUAAUGAAAAGCCCCGCCGGACGAAACGCUUUCCGUGAUUUUUUACGAACAGAGUUCAGCGAAGAGAACAUGCUGUUUUGGCUAGCCUGUGAGGAACUUAAAAAGGAAACCAACAAAAGUGUCAUAGAAGAAAAAGCACGGCUUAUAUAUGAGGACUAUAUUUCAAUCCUUUCGCCUAAAGAGGUCAGCCUGGACUCCAGAGUUCGUGAAGUGAUCAACAGGAAUAUGCUUGAGACAACAUCCCACACAUUUGACGAUGCACAGCUGCAGAUAUACACCUUAAUGCACAGAGACUCGUAUCCACGAUUCAUGAACUCCUCAGUCUACAAGGACCUGCUCCAGACCUUAUCGGAACCAUCCUCAGAAUCUUAGGAACUGUCUUUCUUUUUUCUUAAAUUAUUUAGAAUAGAAAAUGCCAGUGGGCCAAGUGGUCACUCACAGGGACUUUAGACCUAUAGGAUCUGCCCCUGAAAUGUAUACUCAGGCCUAUUUUACUAUGGAUUUUAAAGUCUCAAAUCUGCAGAGGGCUCACCACCACCAACUGAAUGCAACUUCAGACCAACUUAGCAAAACACUCCAAAGGAUAACUCAAGAAAAAAAGUAAAAAAUAAAAAAGCUUGUUGUGUUUUUUAACUAUGUGUGUGUGUAUA